CACACACACACACAGAGAGAGAGAGGAGCGGGGGGAGAGACGAGAGUCUGACUCCCACCGCUCACAUCGGGAGCUUUACAGAGAGACAGAAGCCGAAGCUGUCAGCGCGCAGCAGAGUCCGCAACUUGUUCACAAAUGUAACCGGCGACCGGGAAAUAAACAUCAUUCAUUGCAGUGAUUAUAAUAAUUACGCGGACUGACACAGAUGCCGUUCAUCCAUCCCGCGAGCGGUCGACCGGAACGGGAACGUUACACGAGCCGGCGAUGAGGGAAGUUGUUUGAUCCGGGUGGUCGUGUGAGCGCAGCCGGCACCGAGAGGAAAACCAAUGUAAUAAAUAGAACAAGAAGGACGAGCCACAUGCAGCGAUCUGUUAGAACAAGAGCCGCAGGUGAACUCCCCGAGCAAAGGGAGGCACGAGUGGGUGAGGUGGGCUGUUCUCCACAACCCAUAAUGGACAUAAACUGUGGGCACCAUCUCAAACCCUCCUGUCUGGCUGGCUCCUGCUCCGUAACGCCUCCCUGUGUCUGAGCGGUGACACUUGGGGCUCCCGGGACACUGACAUGAUGACGCAGAUGGACUACAAAUACAGCCUGCUGGGCUCAGCGGUGGAUGACUACCGCAAGAGGCCGUUGCUCCUGCAGGUGGAUGACACGCCCAUGAACCUGUUUGCAGUCCUGGAGGUGAAGAGGGAACUUCCGAGGCGCUGGAGCACCCUGGGCUACUUCCGCAAGAUCCGCCUCUACAGCUUCAUGUUCGGCCUGGCUGUCACGUUCCUCAUCAUGGCUUCGUACAUUCUGACGGGAGACAAGAAAGGCCUCCUCCUCACCCCUUCCCCUUACCACUUCAGCAGCUUGGUCAGCCCAGGACCUUUUGCUUUCAACCUCUCCUUAGUCAAGGACUAUGCACAUGUCAAACUGGUGGUCAAGUCCAUCACAUCCAAGGUGGAGUUUGGCAGCAGUCGACAGAUCCCGGAGCUUAAGGCGCUGGUUAACAGUGAGCCACACAUGUUUUCUGUCAUCCCCCGCAAAUUCCUGCCUGGUGUCAAGAACCCCUGCUGGUAUGAGGAAUACACUGGGAAUAUCACUUCGGACCCAUACAGGACAAACUUGUACGCACGCUAUUCCAGGCGCUUCCGGACCGUGUUUCAGCACUUGAGGAACACUUUCCGGGAGCACUUGUUUCACCAUGACGGGAAACCCUACCGCAUGCGGUGCCUUCCUUAUUUCUAUAUCAUAGGCCAACCAAAGUGUGGCACUACGGACCUGUACGAUAGACUGAGGCUACACCCGGAUGUCAGGUUCACCACGUUCAAAGAGCCGCACUGGUGGACGCGCAAGAGGUUUGGUAUCAUUCGUCUCAGCGAGGGCUUCCACGAUCGAUACCCAGUGGAAGACUACCUGGACUUGUUCGAUCAGGCUGCUUAUCAAAUCAAGGGCAACCUCACAGCAAAUGCCAGCGGACAGACUGAGGCUACACCCAGCCAGCCGAACAUUAUCAUAGGAGAAGCCAGCGCAUCCACCAUGUGGGAUAACAACGCCUGGGUGUAUUUCUAUGACAACACCACCGAGGCAGAGCCUCCCUUCCUCAUCCAGGACUUCGUUCACGCCCUGCAGCCUGACGGUCGCUUCAUCGUUAUGCUCAGGGACCCGGUGGAAAGGCUAUACUCCGACUACCUUUACUUUGGCAUCGCCAAUAAGUCCGCAGAGGAUUUCCACGAGAAGGUGUCGGAAUCACUGCAGUUAUUCGAGGGGUGCCUUACAGAGUACACAAUGCGCUCCUGUGUGUACAACACUACUGUCAACAAUGCCAUGCCAGUCAGAUUGCAAGUAGGCCUGUACAUUGUGUACUUAAUGGACUGGCUGACGGUCUUCGGCAAGGAACAGAUUCUGGUCCUGAGGUUGGAAGACCACGCCUCCAACAGGAAAUACACAAUGCACAAAGUCUUUGACUUCCUUAACCUGGGGCCACUGACAAAAGAGGUAGAGUCAGAGAUCACGCGAAGCCCAGCGUCAAACACCAGGAGGCCAGCCGACAAGAACCUGGGACCCAUGCUGCACAUCACAAAAGAGAUCCUGCGUGACUUUUACACGCCGUUCAACGAGAAGUUGGCCAAAGUGCUGCGGAAUGACUCCUUCCUCUGGCAGAACUACUCUAAACUAUGAACAACCCACCUCCAUUUUUUUUUUUUACUUCAGUUUGGAAAAAGAAAAGAAAAAGACAGCCCACUACAUCCGUGUUUCAUCUCUCUCUCUCUCAAGUGCCCAUGAAAAUCAAUGUUUUUUAUUUAAAUUAUUUCUUAAGUUAUAAAAGCAGAGAUGAAUCAACGAUAGAAAAUAGCACAAGAAAGUGUGGUGAUUUGUGUGAGUGCGAGUGAGUGAAUGAGUGAAUGAGAGAAAGAUGUUGGCAGGUUUUGAUUGUUUCUUUUCUGUGACCAGGUGUAAAUAAUUAAAAGAUAUGAAAACUGCG